AUUGGCUUUGCGCAGGUGGUGUGCAUUUUAUUAUUGGUGUACACAUGUACAUUUUAUUUUUGGUGUACACCUGUUGACAUAGGUUACUGACUCCAUCUAGAAAACGGGUGGCGACAACGGUGGUGAGUUCGUUGAGGAGGAUCCUGACGGUGGUGAAGAAGCGAGGACGGCAGACAAACAGCCCCAAUCUGUUGACUCCGUUGAAACAUCAAAUAUGGAGUUUCCAAAGCCUGUGGAGGCGGUUGGAAAAGUUGCUCCUCCCAAGGCGGGUGGUGAGGCAAGUGUUAAGGAGAUCAACGCUGAAUUACAGGGGACGGAGGACGAAGAGAGAUAUGACAGUUGUAAAGACGACAUGUCCCCUGAUAGCCAGAUACAAGAGAACCCACGUGAUCUGUGUGGUGAAACGGAUGCAAACUCUGAAGAUGUGGGCAGUGGUGGUAAACGGCAUCGCAUGAGAUCCAGCAAGAUUUCUGGAGUGUACACCCCUGACCCAAGGGUGAAAAAGUUGUUUAAGAGCGAGGAGAAGGUUGAGUAUAAGCCCAUUGCCAAAACGAAUCGAACACAGUUUAAGAAGUUUGCCGAAAUUUUGAGGGAAAACCCCGAGCAGUAAGUUUCUAACUCUUUUUAAGGUUAUAUACAUACACUCGUGCAUAAGUUCCUGAUUGUUGGUUAAAUUUGCAGGAUGUGGGAUAUCGCUACCGGUCACUCUGUGUGUAAUCACUUCUUCCUUGAAAUUGCUGAACCGGGGAAAUGGAUGUCUGACGAGCACAUGCAUGUGAUUAUGAACAUGUUGUGGAGGCGUCGCGGGAUUUAUCUACAGAAGGAGAGGAUGGUGAUCUUGGAUCAGUACUUUAUAAAAACCAUUCAGUCAAACUGGAGUGCCUUUAGCGCAGACAAUGAUAAGCUGCAGUUCGAAUGGGGGAAAAACGUAGCACAG